UACCAUCCAGUCGUCCGUGUCUCCUGUCAUAGACGGCUCUUUCUCUCGUGUCAUGGCCUACGGAGGCUACGUGUCUUCGUAUGGGGGCAGCAACGAUGCCGGUCCAUCGAGCAAUCCCUAUGGCCAUGCGCCCCAGCCACAACAACAAGGUCCUCCUUCCUCGGUCCCUGACAUUCCCGGCAUACGUGCCGAUCCCGAGGCGGAGACGUUCCUCAGACGACACGUCUCGAACCUGACCGGAACCUUUGGCAGCCGCUUUCCGGGAGCUCAGCCUGUCUCAUUCACCAAGAGGAGCUUGGACAUGCUCCUUCACCAGGACUUUUGGGUGUGUGAGAAGUCUGACGGCCAAAGAGUGCUGGUAUUCGUCGUUGCAAAUGGGGCUACCGGACACCAGGAAGUGUACCUGAUCGAUCGGAAAAACACAUACAAGCUGCAGCGCAACCUCUUUUUCCCUCACUCGGACCCUCAAUACUAUGUCAAGGAUUCGGCUCCGGAAGAGCAGAAGCGGGCGACGUUCAUGAGGCAGAUGAAGGACGGCCUACCUCUGUACAAUGGUUGGCCAGGUUGCAAGGAUACGCUACUUGAUGGAGAAUUGGUGUGGGAUGUAGAGAAGAAGACGGGGAGGAGAAGACUGAGGUUGCUACUAUUUGAUGCACUAGUGGUGGAUGGCGUCAACAUGAGCAUGAGACCGCUGACGAAGAGGUACGGCCGCCUACACAACACCAUCUACAAACCCUUUGCCGACUACAUGAGCAAAAAUCCCAUGGCAGUCGCUGAGGCCCCUUUUGAGGUCAAGAUCAAGCACAUGGAUCUAGCCUACGGUAUCGAUGCCGUCAUCCAGCGGAUGCCCCUCCUGGAGCACGGCAACGAUGGUCUUAUCUUCACCGGAAUGCAUUCAGGCUACACCUUUGGUACCGACAGCAAGAUCAUCAAAUGGAAGCCGCCGUCGGAGAACUCCAUCGACUUUGUCUUGCGCUUGAGGUUCCCGCCAGACCCGAGAGUCCCAGGCGGCACCGUUCCGGAUCUCAGAGCGAAGCCAUUCUUUGUACUGGAAGAGUACAUGGGCGAUCAAGGAUCUGGAAAAAUGCGCGAGGCAAAUUAUGAGCCCUUCGACUGGCUAUAUCUUGACGACGAGGAAUGGGAAGACAUGAAGCGCUCCGGUCUCCAAUUCGACGACCGCAUCGUCGAAUGUGUCUGGCAAGCCGGCCGCGGUCCUCCAAACCCCUCAGAUCCCUCCGCUCCACGACCUCCCGGCUGGCGUAUCCACCGCAUCCGCGACGACAAGCAGGACGGCAACCACUACAGCAUCAUCCGCAAGAUCAUUGGCAGUAUCGAGGAUGGCGUCGAGGAGGACGAGGUGAUUGCUGCUGCUGCGCAAAUUCGCUCUCAGUGGAAAUCGCAGGAGAGGGAGAAGUUGAGACGAGCGAUUGAGCAAGGUGGAGCGGGAAUUGUUACUGCAGAAGGGAGGGUGGUGGGAGGUCCGGCGGGGCAGGACGCUUCGCAGGGAUAUAGCGGGGGUAGUAAGAGGGGACGACCGCCGCCGAUGAGGGUAGGGCCGGCAAAGGUGAUGAGGCUGUGAGGGAGCCUCAGAGGAGACGGAAGGGUCCCUACAGACAAGGCGACUGUAUGACCAUGCUGAAUCUCGCAAGUUAGCGUAUACCAAUGCUCUUUCAUUGCAUCUCCACCUGC